GACAAACCUUAAUGUUCACAUAUAUGUGUCGCGAAUGGUGUCGAAAAAUUGGUCUCAAAUCUUAGUUUACGUAUAUGAUUUUAUAUAUUAAAAAAUGCUUGCGAUACAAGAUUACGGAAGCAGCGACGAAAAUAGUGACAGUGAAAGUAUUAAACUAUCUUCUGAAAAUGAUUUUGGUAAAUUAACGACAUCAAGUUUACAAAUUUGUUCUGCUCCGGAAGUAGUACCUACUGGAACAGAAUUGUGUAUAAAGCAUAUCGAUCCUACUACAAAAGAAGUUAUACAUAAUCCAAAGUAUGAGGAACUCUUUGGACCAGAAGUUGGACCAGAAAAUCCCUUCAAAACUCAACAACAGCGGGCAGUAAAAAAUAUUCUUUCAGGAUAUGUAGAACGUGCUCAUAUAAGUGAAUUUCAAUUUGAAAAUCAAAGGAGGACAUUUGCUAGUUAUGGUUAUGCAUUGGAUCCAACUGUAGAUGGAAGUUCAGAUGAAGGUAAAGUAAUAAUUGGUGCAAAAGAAGUUGCAGAAGAAUCAGGAGCAAAGACUGUUUUCGAAAGUACUGCUCUGAGACCAUCAGAUAAGAGAAAAAGACACAAAAACGAUGAUCCAUCUGAUAUAGAGGGUUUUGUUGGACCAUGGGGUGGAUUUGUUGACGAAAAACGAGUAAUAAAACCAACUGAAGAAGAAGCUGCAGAGUUAGAAGAAAUUCUAGCUAAACGAAAUAAACGUGGAAAACAGACAGAAGAAAAACCAUUGGAAGAGAAAACAGUAUUACAUAUCAAAGACAGUGUCGAUUAUCAAGGACGCUCGUUCUUGCACGCACCUCAGGAUGUGGGUGUAAAUCUCAGAUCAGAAUCGCCGCCUGAACGUUGCUUUUUACCAAAGACACAAAUACAUGUAUGGGAAGGUCACACAAAGGGUAUUUCACAAAUUCGAUGGUUUCCUCAAACAGCACACUUGUUGCUAUCUUGUAGCAUGGAUUGCCGAGUAAAGUUGUGGGAAGUUUACAAAGAUAGGAGAUGCGUCAGGACGUACUAUGGUCAUCGUCAAGCGGUACGCGAUAUUAGUUUUGACAACGACGGCAAGAGAUUUUUAUCGGCUGCUUAUGAUCGAUAUGUGAAACUCUGGGAUACAGAGACCGGCGCUUGUAUCAGUCGUUUUACAAGUCGGAAAAUUCCUUACUGUGCAAAAUUCAAUCCCGAUCCGGACAAACAACAUCUCUUUGUAGCUGGUACCAGCGACAAGAAAAUUAUUUGUUGGGACAUAAGAACGGGUGAGAUAACACAGGAAUAUGAUCGUCACUUAGGCGCCGUGAACACCAUUACGUUUGUCGACGAAAAUAGAAGAUUUGUUACCACUAGUGACGAUAAAAGCCUUCGGGUUUGGGAAUGGGAUAUUCCAGUCGAUAUGAAAUACAUAGCUGACCCAUCUAUGCAUUCUAUGCCAGCGGUAACGCCAUCGCGAAAUCAGAAAUGGCUUGCCUGCCAAAGUAUGGACAAUAAGAUUGUUAUAUUCUCAGCAUUGAACAGAUUUAAAAUGAAUAGAAAAAAGACCUUCACGGGCCACAUGGUCGCUGGAUAUGCGUGUGGCUUGGAUUUUUCACCAGAUAUGAGUUACUUGGUAUCGGGCGAUGCAGACGGCAGGUGUUAUAUCUGGGACUGGAAAACUACUAAAUUGUACAAAAAAUGGAAAGCACAUGACGGGGUGUGCAUUGAUGUGUUGUGGCAUCCACACGAACCUUCAAGACUCGCUACUGCUAGUUGGGACGGCAAAAUCAAAUAUUGGGAUUAACAGAUGUAUAUAAUUUUAUUAGAGACACAAAAAAAAAAAAAAUAUAUAUAUAUAUAUACAUAUUUUA